AAGUAGUAGAACUUCAUAACUAGAGGAAACUGUAUAAACUUGAAAAGGGGGUUCCCCAAUCUGUGGAAUGAAUCAGUCGGCUACUACUGCAUGAAACGGUGGAGAACGCCGUGUUUCUGGCGGAGUGUGGUUGCGGCACUGGCUACCGUCCUCUGUGGCCUCGAUAAACAACAAUAUUUUUUUGCAUUAGACAUCCCUGAUCCCUAAGCAGUCUAGAUUUUAGUUUGAGUUAUUAAUCAUCAAGAUUAUAGUUAAUUAGCCGAAAACGAAUUUUGAUUUCGGGUUUCGGAUUAGGGAUUCGUUUAGUGGUAAAGAAGAAGAAGCAGCUUUUCAUUCCUUUCUAAAAAUCGAAUGAAGUUCUACCUUUCUGAUCAGCAAUAAUAAUGUCAGAAAUUCUGUUUCUUAGAAUGGAAGAGCUGGGGCUAGGGCUCGUAUCACUGCUACGAGCAGCAUGGAUCAUUGCUACUUUACCGAUUCUUGUAGCUUGUUUGCCAUUGCCAGGGCUUGGUUGGUUUCGAAGAACUCUGUUAGGGUUUGCUAAAAGAGGAAAGAUUUUGCAAUCGAACUCUAAACUAACUGUGCCUCAGAGAUUCUUCUCUCACUUCUAUGUGGUGGCCAUUUUCUGGACAACAUUCUUGCUUAUUGCAGUGUGGUUUUAUGCAAUCAAGAUGCUUCCAUCACUAAUCGAGCAAGACCUCUUUUCUACCAUAACCAGUCACUUGACUGGAGGUUCACAUGCUUUCCCCUUGAAUAAAUCUUUGUCAACUAAAGAACAUGUAUACAAUGUUUGGCUAUCUGUGUUUCUCCUUUUGCUAAUGGAAGCUCAAGUUUUGCGACGCUUCUAUGAGACAUUCUAUGUUUUUAACUACAGUCCAUCAGCUCGCAUGCACAUCUUUGGUUAUCUUGCUGGCUUAUUUUUCUAUACAGCAGCUCCACUUUCUCUAUGUUGCACUUUUGCUCCUGAAGUGUUUAAUUUUGUGAAGAAUCUGGUGGCUGAGUUUAUUGUGAGAGGAAAAGAUCGCAUGUCAAGGCCUGAAUUUAACAUAUGGAUUUUUGUCACUCCUUUCUUGACACUUCGGUGGUAUUCAUGGAUUGGUGGAGCCAUUUUCUUAUGGGGUUGGGUACAUCAACUUCGUUGCCAUGAAAUUCUUGGUUCCUUGCGAGAGAAAACUGAAAAGCUUGAGGAUUAUGUCAUUCCUUAUGGUGAUUGGUUUGAAUACAUCUCAUCUCCACAUUAUUCAGCUGAAAUUGUGAUCUAUGGUGGUCUUGUGGUGGCUAGUGGUGGUGGGGAUCUUUCUUUGUGGUUACUUUUUGCAUUUGUGGUGGCGAAUCUUGUUUUUGCAGCAACCGAAACACAAAGAUGGUAUCGACAUAAAUUUGAUGAUUAUCCUCGCCUUGUCCCAUUCCCUGGGCUUGCUUGGCUUCACACAAUUCUCAUGCUUGGCAACAGAGGCAAGAUUUUGCAAUCCAACUCUAAACUAACUGUUCCUCAAAGAUUCUUCUCUCACUUUUAUACGAUGGCCAUUCUAUGGACGACACUCUUGCUUGUUGCAAUGUGGUCUUAUGCAACAACCAGCCACGUGGCUGGAGGAGAAUCCCAUGCAAACAAUGUUUGGCUAUCUGUGUUUCUCCUUGUGCUAAUGGAGCUCCAUCUUUUACGACGUUUGUAUGAGACAUUCUAUGUUUUCAACUACAGUCCCUCAGCUCGAAUGCACAUUUUUACUUAUCUUCUGGGCCUCUUUUUCUAUGUAAUGGCUCCACUGUCUCUAUGCUGUAAUUUUGCAUCUCAAGUGUUUGAUUUCGUGAAGGGAAAGGGUCACAUGUCGAGGCCUGGAUUUGAUAAUAUAUGGAUGUUUGUGACUCCUUUCUUGAGGCUUCCAUGGUAUGCGUGGAUAGGUGCUGCUAUUUUCUUUUGGGGUUGGGUACAUCAGCUUCGUUGUCAUCAUAUCCUUGGUUCCUUGCGAGACAAAACCAAAAAGCUGGAGGAGUAUGUUAUUCCGUAUGGCGAUUGGUUUGAAUACGUGUCAUCUCCACACUACACGGCUGAAAUUGUCAUCUAUGGUGGUCUUGUGAUGGCUAGUGGUGGUGUCGAUCUAUCAUUGUGGUUGCUUUUUGCAUUUGUGGUGGCAAAUCUGGUUUAUACAGCAAAGGAAACACAAGGAUGGUACAGGCGUAAAUUUGAGCAUUACCCUUGUAAUCGAUAUAUAAUAUUGCCGUUUGUCUAUUAGUGAUUUGUGCAUUGAAAUAGGAUGGUGUAGUAAAGUUGUUCGAUUGGACCCUUACUUUGUUAAAGAAAGGGAGACUUAAAAAUCCAACGAAAUUUCGAAACCAUUCAAAAAAUCUAAAUCAUGUUUUGUCUGUUUAAAAAAACCUUACAAAAAAGCUCAACGAAGUUUGCAAACCGUUCAAAAAACCUCAAUC